AUGGCGGGGAUGGGAGCUGCCCCAAAUGUGCAAACUUAUAACACUCAGAUUGAUAGGUAUGGACAAAGUUACCAGUUCGAGAGGUGCUUUGAGAUUCUUGAGGAAAUGGAGAAUAAGGGGUUGAAGCUAAAUGUUUUAAGUUGUGACUCUGUAAUAAAUUGUUUAUGCAAGGAUGGUAGGCUGCUUGAAGUUGAAGUAAUUCUCAAAACGAUGGAAGAUGGAAGGGUUUCAACAAAUGCACAAAUAUAUAACAUGCUCAUUGAUGGUCAUUGCAUUGGAGGAAAGAUGAGAGAUGCUUCCAGAUUUUUUAAAGAGAUGUUAAGAAAUGAUAUAACUUUAACACUUGUGAUUAAGGAUCAAAAUUUUGUUUUGGGGCUUUGCAAAAAGGAUAAAGUAGCAGAAGCUGAAGAAAUGGCUCUUCAGAUUAAAAGUAAAGAGCAUGGAGAUGUUAAAAAAGCAUUUGCCUUGCACCAUGAGAUGUUGAACCGGGGAAUUCACCCUGACAGAAUGACUUAUAAUAGCUUGAUUAUGGGGUGCUUUAAAGAGGGGAAGUUCCAGGAAGCAAAUAAUAUUGUCGGCGAUAUGAAGACUGGAGGAUUGAAUGGUUUUCUUCCUAGUUUCAGUAUUUGUAAUGUUCUUACCUCUGGUCUUAGAGAGGAAGGAAAGUUGGAAGAGGCCGCCAUUAUCUGCUCUGAAAUGAGUCUUAAAAGACUUGGGGAUUGGAGCACAAGUGAGUAUCUUGCUGCUGUGAAAAACGAAUUGCCAAGUACAUUCAAGACUUAUAGCUACCAACAGCAUUGUUGGUCUUGUGGUCCUGCCAAUCUUUUCAGGAAAAUGAAAGUAUCUUUGUGGAUGAAGGUUCAUGUAAUCUACAGCUUCUUCUUGGUUAGGAAGAUUGUAGCCCAUAUUGUCACUUUCGGGUUUUACUGCAUAGUGUUACCCGCAACAGUGUUGGUACCUGAAGUUGAGGUUCCGAGUUGGGGAGCAGUUUACAUUCUUUCCAUCAUUACCAUACUUAAUGCAAUUGGAACCCCAAGGUCACUUCACUUACUGGUUUUCUGGAUCCUUUUUGAGAAUGUCAUCUCACUACACCGGACUAACACUGCCUUCAUUGGUCUGCUGGAGGCAGGGAGAAUGAGUGAAUGGGUUGUCACUGAAAACCUCGGAGAUGCUCUCAAGUUAAAAUCAGCCUUCAAAGCAUUUAAGAGACCUUGGGUUAGGAUUUGA